CCCAAUCGAACCCCCUCACUCCACAACAGAUCAUCCCAAUCGAUGUUGCAUCUGUUUAACAAACGAUAGUUCAAUGGUACUCACUCCAUGUGCUCAUCAAUGUCUCUGCAAAGAUUGUGCUCAACAACCAUUGAGCAAAUGUCCCUUAUGUCGAGAAGAAAUCACAUCAAUCAUCGAACAAUUCCAACAUCUCUGA